AUGAGUGAGGGCACUAGUCCCUCAAGCAGUUAUGAUGAUGGCAGCAGGUUCACACCCAGCAAUUUGCCCAAGGCAGCAACCAAGGCAAGGAAGAAGAAAACCUCAGAUUCUGAAGAUGAGGACUAUAUUGCUGAUGAGGAUGAGGCCACUUCUAAGAAGAAGGUGCUAAAAAAGGAGUAUGGCACAGCUGCUACCACCAACCCAGGCAUGCACAAGAAGGCACCUGCCAGGAGAACUCCCACUUCCAAACCUAGGAAGGUUGCCUCUAGUGAAACAAUGAAGUUCACCAUUGAGUCUGAUGAAGAAGCUGCUGGCCAAGAUAAGAAGAAGAAGAGACGAUGCUUGGCGUCUUUGUUUGUCAUUAGGCAGCAGCCGUCGAAGAAGCAGAAGGAGGGCACGGAGGUCGGCGUGGUUGAAGGCGACGAAUUGGCCGCCGCGGCCCUGGUGAAGGAGAAUGCCGCGGCCCCCGCAGCUCCGGUGGUGAUGCCGUCUCCCCAAGGCGUGGAAGCCCGUCCUCAGGAGGUGCCGGCGCCUUUGGCGGGGCUGACCCUGCCGGCGCCCGUCCUUGCUGCGGCUGCUGAGGUCGCCCAGCCUCCGGAGCCCCCGAUCCUUCCCGAGGUUGAGGUUUCUUCUGUCUUGGUGCCGAGGGCGUAUUCUCGCCUGCCCAGCGUGCGGCCGAGCCGUGUCGCUCUUGCCACCUCCGGGGCACCGGAGGAGGCAAGGGCGGCACUGGACCUCCUCCAGGGUGAACUUCGGGGCCCGGAUCGUCGCUCGGCACAGGGACGCCUGGGGCUGUUUUUUGGUUGGCUUCAAGCCGACGCGUCUGUCCGCGCGGCCUGCGGCUCUGUGGAGGAAGCCCAGAAGGUGCUCGGGGUGGUUGCCACCGAGCGCGACCGGGCGCGGAAGGAGGCCACAGAAGCUGAGGAUCGGUGCCGCGUGGUGGAGGCUGAACUGAAGGCUCUUCAGGAUCAGCAGGCCGCCCAGGCCAGCCAGCUCCAGGAGCGUGAGGAGAAGCUGAAGGCCCAGGAGGCUGCCGUUGGGUCGUCCGGAUCAGCAGGACGAGCCCAAGGGGCAGCCUGCGCCGAAUGA